GCUGAAGAAAAAGCACAGCGUGAUUACUGUGGUCCAUCUCUAAGCCUCCUUUGGAUCUCCCACCUACUCCUGUCCUCUUUGUUUCCAUCACGUUCGCCUCUCUGUGGAGCUCCUCUCUCACAGCCAUGCCAAAGAACACCAAGGUGACCCAGCGGGAGCACAGCAGCGAGCCCGUCACCGAGUCGGUGGCUGACCUGCUGUCUCUGGAGCAUCCCAUGGACUAUAAGAGCAGUCAGAUGAGCAUGGGGUUGAGUCCUGGAUCUACUGCUCCAGGAAAGGCUCUGCUACCUUCCCCCGAGCCAGGCGCAGAGGAUGGACGGCCUGCCUGGAACAACAAGCUGGAGUACAUUCUGGCCCAGGUGGGCUUCUCUGUGGGUCUGGGUAACGUCUGGAGGUUCCCUUACCUGUGCCAGAAGAAUGGAGGAGGUGCAUAUUUAGUGCCGUACUUCAUUCUGCUCCUCAUCAUUGGCAUCCCGUUGUUCUUCUUGGAGCUGGCGGUGGGCCAACGGAUCAGGCGUGGCAGCAUUGGCGUGUGGAACUAUGUAUAUCCACAGCUGGGAGGCAUCGGAGUAUCAAGUCUGAUGGUGUGCGGAUUCGUGGGCCUCUAUUAUAAUGUGAUUAUCGGUUGGAGCAUCUUUUAUUUCUUCCAGUCUUUUCAGUAUCCACUGCCUUGGGCUGAAUGUCCCAUCUUGAGAAAUGGAAGCCAAGCCAUCGUGGAGCCGGAAUGUGAGAAGAGCUCAGCCACCACUUAUUUCUGGUACCGACAGGCUCUCAACAUCACCAGUAGCAUUGAUGACACCGGCGGUCUGAACUGGAAGAUGACCCUGUCCCUGCUGGUGGCUUGGAUCAUGGUCUGUCUGGCUGUCAUCAAGGGCAUCCAGUCCUCUGGGAAGGUGAUGUACUUCAGCUCUUUGUUCCCGUACGUGGUGCUCUUCUGUUUUCUGGUUCGAGGGUUGCUGUUGAAAGGAGCAAUUGACGGCAUUGCGCACAUGUUCACCCCAAAGCUAGAAAAGAUGUUGGAACCACAGGUGUGGAGAGAAGCUGCCACCCAGGUCUUCUUUGCACUCGGUUUAGGCUUUGGAGGCGUCAUUGCGUUCUCCAGCUACAACAAGCGAGACAACAACUGCCACUUUGAUGCUGCACUGGUCUCCAUCAUCAACUUUGUUACCUCCAUCUUGGCCACUUUAGUCGUGUUCGCUGUGUUGGGGUUCAAGGCAAAUGUCAUGAAUGAGAAGUGUAUUGUCGAGAAUGCAGAGAAGAUUCUGGGCUACCUGAACACAGGUGUACUGAGCAGAGAGCUCAUCCCUCCUCACAUCAACUUUUCCCACCUGAGUGCUCAGAACUACGCAGAGAUGUACGGUGUCAUCAAGACUGUGAAAGAGGACAACUUCAACCAGCUGGGCCUGGACGCCUGCAUCUUGGAAGACGAACUCAACAAGGCAGUUCAGGGCACCGGACUGGCAUUCAUUGCCUUCACAGAAGCUAUGACCCAUUUCCCUGCUAGUCCCUUCUGGUCAGUCAUGUUCUUCUUCAUGCUGAUCAACUUGGGUCUGGGAAGCAUGAUCGGCACCAUGACGGGGAUCACCACACCCAUACUGGAUGCAUUCAAGAUACGCAAGGAGAUCCUGUGUGUUGUUUGCUGUAUCAUAGCGUUCUUAUUGGGCCUGCUGUUUGUGCAGCGCUCAGGGAACUACUUUGUUACCAUGUUUGAUGACUACUCCGCUGGUUUGCCUCUGACCAUCGUGGUGAUCUUGGAGAACAUCAGCGUAGCCUGGAUCUACGGUGCUAAAAGGUUCAUGCAGGACCUGGAGGACAUGCUUGGUUUUAGGCCAUACACAUUCUAUUUCUACAUGUGGAAGUACGUGUCGCCAGCUGUCCUGGUGGUGCUCAUCUCUGCCACCAUCAUUGAGAUGGUCGUCGUUCCAGCAGGAUAUAACGUCUGGGUGGAGGAGGAGGGCUCUGAGUGCUUCCAGAGCUACCCACCCUGGGCUUUGGCCAUGGCCUACGGUCUUGUCAUCGUGGCAAUGCUGCCUUUACCUAUCAUCUUCAUUGCACGUCAAUUUAACCUGAUCUCAGACGGCUCCAACAAGCUGUCUGUCUCCUACCGUAAAGGCAUGAUGAAGGACAUCUCCAACCUUGAAGAGCAUGAUGAGCAGCGCUUCAUCCUCAGCAAAAAUGCAAGUGAGGCUCCUUCUCCCAUGCCUGCCCACCGUGCUUACUUGGGGCCUGGCGGCACCCACGAGAUGACUAACACCAACUAUGGCACCAGCACCAAGACUGGCUACCAGAACAUCGGUUCACCUGAGUCUGAGCUAUGAUCCACUGAGGUUGCCAAUCUUGUCAUUUACAAAUCCCCAACUCUGCUUAGAGAGAACGCGUGUUGACUGCCAGCCGUUACAGCGUUCGUCACACCUUAACCCACAAAGCUAAAUCUCUCAUUUGGCUUGAUUUCUCAUUGUCUUCUUGCUCGUUGGGGGAUUGAUGCUGCUUAACCCUUGCCAAUCCCAGCAGGAAUGAAGAGAUCACAACCAAUUCUGAUGACCUUCAUCAUGUUGAAAUUACAACACGAUGACAAAUCAAGGAACACAGCUCUCUGCACAGAUCCUUCAUUUGUACAAAGCUCCGGCUCAGGUUAAGGUGUGUGGAACGCAACAAUGCUGCAUCUUUUACAGAUCCCUAAGUACCAGG